AUGCAGCAAACCGUUGCGACAGUGCGGAAAGUGAUUGCAGAAAUACUCCAACGGAUCGACUACAAAGCCAGAGAGGACAAGAUGGUGGUUCGAAAACAGCGGGCGACAUUCAACACAUCGCCGCGAAUGCAGGAAAUCCAGGUUGGUAAAGCCUGCAAGAGGUUCCGUGUAGGGGUUCUAAUCUUCAUAGACGAUAAUGCAAACUCCGUGACUUCCCAACCGAGUACUCAACACCAAGUUCCACGUUUGCUUAUACAGCACAAUGAGAGGGCCGCUAUGGAGCAAAAUCCCAACCGCCAGAAUGAGGUUAUGGACAGGGAGGGAGUGCCUCGUUUACACUCAUUGGGUCCCACGACUGAUCAUUUUAGGAUCUCAAAGCGACGUCCCACAAACGGGAAAAAGGUGCCCGGUGUGAAACGAACUAUGACACUGGCUUCAGACAACGGAGGCUCGCAAUUGUCAGAGGAAGAUUUGUUCCAGCUUCUAAUCAAUCGGAUGAGAGUUCGAGAAGAAAAUGAGAUCGCUACUUCAAAUCUGCAGGAGCGAAUGGAAGCCGAGAUGUCUGAAAUGGCAGAGGAAAACAAGGCUCUGAAGAAUCAGCUCGAGAUCCUUGACAAUCAACUACAGCGGAGCAAGUGUCAAUCAAAGACAUACAGAGCCCAGAUAGAGAACUGGAAAGCGAAACUAGGGAAGUUCAAGGGCAUUCUUAACGAGCUUGGGGUUGAGUAUCGAAACCUUCGCAAUGAGAACCUCCGACUCAAAGAUGUAAAAGCAACUCUGGAGAAUGAAAGAACCGAAAUCGAGUCUGGCAUUGAAGAUGCUAGGCGUCAAAUUUCUCAAGCCGCCACUCUUGUUGGGGAAAAACGAAAUCAACUCGCAGAGUCCGAGAAAAAGAUCGAAUCCAUGACACUAGCCUUGAAAAAUGCAGAAGAAAAGACAGUAUUUGUCCAAAACCAGUUGAUGGAAGAAAGGAGAAGAUCAUCAAUUCUGGAAUCAUACAUUCAUAAUAAUACACGGGCUCAAACGAAGCAGCUUGGGGUAAUCCGGACUGACCAGCAGGAGAUGCUCAGCAAGCUCAACUCUGCGUUUGACAUAUUGGGUCAGAGUGUGAACGCUUCUCAGGUUGCAACUCAAACUACAUUGGGAUUGACACUCGAGAAGUGCUUUUCACUUCUCAAAGAAUUGAGCGAGCAGCUUCCGAGGGACAGAGUGGAUAUCCAGCAAUGCAAUGACAUCGCCCACAAGAUCUUUUCAAGUGUGAAUACAUUCGAUUGCAAGCUAAAUGAGGGAUUCGAAAGAAGCUUCGCGCUCAACGAGGAUGUGGCAGAAAAUAUGAGGGAGCAGCUGAAGCUCUUUGAGAACAAUAACGGCUGCCAUAUGGCACUUCUCAAGCAGCUCGGGAUCAACGAAGAACAGUACAACGCCGUGCGAGAAAGGUUGGAAGCUCUCGAGCCAAGCAUGCAUAGAAUUCACUCCUCUCUCACAACGCUCGAGGAGAAGGAGAUUGAUCUUGCCCAGCAUAUUACUCAUCUAGAAAAGAGUAUCUUUGAGGCGCAGAACCCGGCUCCAGCAACAGACGUCUGUGAUCUGUCCACGGAGAAUGCCGCACUCAAAGAUCAAAUCGAGCAGCUUUCAAUCAAAGUGAGUUCUAUUGAAGAGAAUGCUAGGGCGAAGGAGCUCGAGACCGAGGCAGCGAAGCUUGCCCUUCUGGAGGUCACAGCAAAAAUGCAGGAGGCGAUGAAACGAGCAGAUGAUUUCGAGGCUGAAGCCGUCAGCCUGCGACAGAAGACAAUCUCUAUCGAGACUGAAAUUCGGGAGGAAUUGAACAGAGCGAGCGUCAUUUCCAGAGAUCAGAUCAAGGCACGAUUUGAGCAACAAAUCCAUAAACUGCUGCGAGAGAAAGUUGAAGCGGAAAAGGAUAUGGUCACGAUCAGGGAAUCGCUGGCUAAGGCUCAAGCGUCAAUGGUAAUCAGCAUCGAGUCUUACCAGGGAAGUUUCACUGAUGAUUUGCAGACUGAAAGCGAACAUGCAGCAAAGAAGCGAAAGGAUGAAUCGGAGUCAAUACUCCUGGAAAGAGAACAACAAAUACAGAAAUUGGAGGACUUCCGCGCUCAGGAAACCGUUCGGAUGAGUGAACAGGAAGCGGAACUGGAGCUACUGCGAAAGUCAGAGGCUGCUGCUCUGGCUCAACAGAAGUCAAUCUUCCAGCAGCUCGAUGAAGUUCAAGGAAGAAUCGUCGAACUCAAUGACAGACUGUCCUCGAAAGACCUUGAGUUAGAAAAUCUCCAGAGGAAGCUAGACACAUGUCAAAGUGACCUACUCGGAAAAGAGGAAGAACUCACACAGGCCAAGAAAAAGCUUUGCGCUGCCGAAUCGGCCAGGUCAAAUCUGGAAACAGGUAAAGCGAAGGCGAAAGCCGAAAUACAUGCUCUCCUCAAAAGACUUCAGGACUCGGAGCGCUGGAUGAAAAAUAUCAAAGAGGCCAUCGAUCGACCAGAUGAUCCUCCAUCAGGAGGAUUAUUUAUGGGUACUUGGGACAAACUGAAGGACUAUCUGAGCUCGACAGACAUCAACGACAACCCAGCUUCCAAUUCACAGAAAACUACUGUCCCUGCAGCUGUUAACGUUGUGAAUGCGAGUAGAAGUCCUUCUGUGACCUUGACACCGAACAGAAUCUGUGAGAGUCCUAUUAAGGGCCUUGUUCAGACGACAGAGGUGAUAUAUCGGACACAGAGCUUUCAAGGUGGCGGGCUGUCUUCCCCGGUUCAAACCAAUACGAGAUCUGGAAUCAUUGACCCGGUUAAUCACUGUGAAAAGCCGGAACCAUCAACUGAAAUUGUACCAUUCUCGAGUAUUCGACAGCAGUUAUCACCGGCACCUGACUCAUCUCUGAGCCCUGAACCUAGCGAUCUUGCAGAGAUGCUAGACCUCACCCCGAAUAACAAGUCACCUCGGGUCGAUACGGUUGUGGAAACGCCGAAACAAAAGAAUGAGAAGGGGAGUGCAGCAACCUCGCACGAAGCUGAUGACUCCGACCUCGGAAUGAGUGAUGAACAGUCGCGGAGCUCACGGCACCAGCCACUGAAACCGAACUCCAUGGCAACGGAAACUGCUGAUGGUCAUAAAGUUGCAAAGGAGGAUCAGGAAAAGCAGAAAACUGUCACUUUCGAGGCAGAAAAAAAGGCAACCAGGAUUGAGAAGCGGAAGUUCUCAGCGACCGUGGACAACCCUCAUGAGGAGAGCGCUUCCGAAAACCGGCUUGUCAAGAGACCAGAACGCACCAUGAAACGCACUUACAGCAAAUUUCAGCGCUCUCCUUCAUCGAAGGGGUUCCCCAAAUUCUCAAACCAAUCCAAUGCUUCUCCGGCUAGCGAAGUGUCGAAUCGUGAGACUCAUACGGAGAACCAAUACACGAGCAAUGACAAGAGAGCACGAGUGUCUGUGGCGCCAUCGAGUUCCAGGACCAGAGGGCAAGCGCAAGGCACUUCCGAUUACUUUGAGCGCAGAACGAGCCCUGCUAGCUUAGCAUCCGGAAGUAGUAGACAACCAUCUGCGAUUGAGAGCAAUCCGAAAAACAAGAGUUGGACGACACGAGACGCGAGGCGCGGAGGCCGGAAAAGACGCGGUGACCGCUACAGUGCCCGUUUCAGUCAGAGAUUUAAUGACCAGGUUGAUGGUAUAUAG